GCUUGGCUUGGUCAUGGCCUCACCCCCUCAUAAUAAGUGAGCAUUAUGGAUUAGGCUAGUGGAGGGGAGGCGACUGUAAAUCCCCACUGUUGUGCUGAUCUGGAUUUAAACGCUGGACAGAUAAAUUGUCUUUUGAGUAUAGCAGCCGAACCGGGACAAUGGAUACGAACAUGCGCAAAUUUACUGUUAGAAGAUGGUUUUCCGUCUACCUGCGCAGAAAGUCGCGAUCUAAAAGCUCGAGUUUAUGCAAACUAGAGGACGACAGCAUCUUAAAGGAAUUUGAUAUCAGCGAUCAUGUGAAAGAGGGCUUUGAGAAAGCAGACCCGUCGCAGUUCGAGCUGCUCAAGGUGUUGGGUCAAGGCUCCUAUGGAAAGGUGUUCUUGGUGAGAAAAAUCAAAGGUUCAGAUACAGGACAACUCUAUGCCAUGAAGGUCUUAAAAAAGGCAACACUAAAAGUGCGGGACAGAGUGAGAUCGAAAAUGGAACGAGACAUUCUCGCAGAAGUGAAUCAUCCCUUCAUUGUCAAACUCCACUAUGCAUUUCAGACAGAAGGAAAGUUGUACCUUAUAUUGGACUUUCUCAGAGGGGGAGAUCUUUUCACACGCCUCUCCAAAGAGGUUAUGUUUACCGAAGAAGAUGUGAAGUUCUAUUUGGCUGAGCUGGCCUUGGCUUUGGAUCAUCUUCAUAGUCUGGGCAUCAUCUACCGAGAUCUAAAACCAGAGAACAUUCUCCUUGAUGAAGAAGGCCACAUAAAGGUCACAGAUUUUGGCCUGAGCAAAGAGGCAAUUGACCAUGACAAACGAGCGUACUCGUUCUGUGGGACGAUCGAGUACAUGGCCCCAGAGGUUGUCAAUAGACGAGGUCACACUCAAAGUGCUGACUGGUGGUCCUUUGGAGUCUUAAUGUUUGAAAUGCUGACUGGAUCCCUGCCAUUUCAAGGCAAAGACCGCAAAGAGACCAUGGCACUUAUUCUCAAGGCAAAACUGGGCAUGCCGCAGUUCCUUAGCCCUGAAGUCCAGAGUUUAUUGCGGGCUCUCUUCAAAAGAAACCCUUCCAAUAGAUUAGGCGCAGGACCUGAUGGAGUGGAAGAAAUCAAAAGGCAUAUAUUUUUUGCAACAAUAGACUGGAAUAAGUUGUACAGACGAGAAAUCAAGCCUCCGUUCAAACCAGCAGUGGGCCGACCAGAGGACACCUUUCAUUUUGAUCCUGAGUUUACAUCCCGCACACCAACAGACUCACCCGGUGUUCCAGCCAGCGCUAACGCACACCAGCUCUUCCGCGGCUUCAGCUUUGUGGCCUCUAACCUGGGUCAAGAACAACCUUUGGUCGAGAUCAAGCAAAUCUCUGUAAACCCCAUUGUACAGCAACUUCAUGGCAACAACAUUCAUUUCACUGACGGCUAUGAGUUGAAGGAGGAUAUUGGCAUCGGAGCGUAUUCGGUCUGCAAACGCUGUGUUCACAGAAUCACCAGUGUGGAGUAUGCUGUUAAAAUUAUUGACAGAGCCAAGAAGGACCCGUCUGAAGAGAUUGAGAUUCUUCUGCGAUACGGCCAGCACCCAAACAUCAUUACUCUGAAAGAUGUCUAUGAUGAUGGCAAGUUUGUGUAUCUGGUGAUGGAGCUGAUGAGAGGAGGAGAGCUGCUGGACCGGAUCCUGCAGCAGAAGUGCUUCUCAGAGCGGGAGACCUCAGCCGUGCUCUGCACCAUCACCAAGACUGUGGAGUAUCUGCAUUCACAGGGGGUUGUGCAUCGAGACUUGAAGCCCAGUAACAUCCUGUACGUGGAUGAAACAGGCGACCCAGAGUCCAUCAGAAUCUGUGAUUUUGGCUUUGCCAAACAGUUGAGGGCUGAAAAUGGUCUGCUCAUGACACCGUGCUACACUGCAAACUUUGUGGCUCCAGAGGUCCUGAAGAAACAGGGAUAUGAUGCCGCCUGCGAUAUCUGGAGUCUGGGAAUCUUACUUUACACCAUGCUGGCAGGUUUCACGCCCUUCGCUAACGGCCCUGACGACACACCAGAGGAGAUCUUGGCUCGCAUUGGCAGUGGGAAGUUUGCCCUCUCAGGAGGCAACUGGGACACAGUGUCUGACGCAGCCAAGGACAUUGUCACUAAAAUGCUACACGUGGACCCUCAUCAGCGGCUGACGGCACCUCUUGUUCUCAGACAUCCCUGGAUAGUGAACCGUGAUGAGUUAUCUCAGAGCCAGCUGAUCAGACAGGACGUGCAACUGGUGAAGGGGGCGAUGGCUGCCACAUACUCCGCUCUGAAUCGAUCCCCUCAAGCCCCAAAACUGGAACCAGUGCUCUCUUCCAGUUUGGCUCAGAGAAGAGGCAUGAAAAGACUAACAUCCACUCGUCUAUAGCACUUCAGCCAGACACAGGAGCGUCUACAGCUUUAAGAAAUGUCAGAGCGUCCAGGCUUUUGGACAAGGUACCAGACGUGCAUCCGGAGCAGAGUGGAAAAAUAUUGGAUUGAUCACGGAGUGUCACAGUGAUCUCCAAAGAGAGACAAAUGAUCUGCCAAGUGACUCCGCUGAUGUCGAGAUUGAUGAGGGCCAGAUGCAAACAUCACAGCUGUCAGUGCUCAAAAACUGAUCUUUCAGAGCGCUGCGCUGUUUUGUGUGUGUGUGCCACCCCUGUGAACACUGGAGUGUAGCAUCAUGGAGUGUUUCGUUUUAUAGCAAAGAUCACAGUUAUCUUUCCCAAAGGUGCGGUCAGUCGGAAAUCCAGUCGUUCAUAAAAGUUGCUACUUCUUGCUGCAGACACUUAAAUUAGAGCCAUGUAGAAGUUAGUCGAAGAUGCUUUGGUCUUUUAUGGUGACAGUGCUGCACCUUUAAUGUGCCAGCACUAUUAGCAUCUUUUGAACAUGCAUGCCAUGUACAGUAUGUAUUUUUAUGACAAACAAAUGGUUCUAACAUGCUAAUGAAAGCACAAAGAACAUAUUUUAUGUCAUUUUGGUUUUUGUUUUACUAGUUGAUUGGGCUUAUGUAAUGCUGAGACGAUUUACAAAAACAGCUGUUUAUAUUUUUUUCAUCUUGCAUAUUUGGACCAAAUUGGUUGAUUUGUUUAUUUAUUUGC